AUGAGCUUAGAGUUUCGGCAGGGAGGAGGCUGCGAGAGCUCUGAGCUCUACUUUCGCCCGGAGACGAGGGUGUACGGAGCAGCGGGAGGUUUCUCGGCUAAGAAAGAGCGAUACCCUGUCAGCAAGCAUGCUCUGACUGAGUACCUGCGGCACCAGCCCAGGACCAACCUUGAGCGACUGGUUGCAAAGAAGGGAAGAGGCAGGGGAGGAGGAGCGAGGAAUGUGGUAUACGCGAACAAGGACAAGAUGCUGUCAGCCAUGUCGCAGUACCUCCAGCACCAGCCGCUGUCUACUAUCAGGGAGGAGAUGCGGGGGAGAAACCUCAACGCUCCUCCCUCUCCUCGUCUCAAGUCGCUGCACGUGCGGGCACAGCAGCAUCGCUCGCACAUCGAGGAGAUCGCACGGAGAAUCCUUGGAGCUGCGCCAGCGAGGGAGGGAGAGGGCAGGAAGCGACCAGACGGAGGGCAGAGAGGCUCGUCGGGAGGAGGGAGGAGGGAGGGAAAAGGACGUGUCGAAGGCCGUGCGGCUGCUUCCUAUAAAUAG